GUUAAAGUGAUAUAAUCAGUGUGUGUGUGUAUGUCUGUGUUUCAGCUGGGUGCUGGUGUGAGUUUGCCCGGUGUUGUGUCUGCACUUUGCGGUGCUGCUGUGAUUCUGUCAGACAGCGCUGAACUGCCGCUCUGCCUGGAGAACUGCAGGCGCUCAUGUGUCCUCAACAACCUCUCUCAUGUACAUGUGCUGGGGCUCACCUGGGGACGGGCCUCACCUGAGCUUCUCUCGCUGCCUCCUCUGGACCUUAUCCUGGGCUCAGAUGUGUUUUAUGAGCCUGAAGAUUUUGAAGACGUGCUCGUGACCGUCAGCUUUAUUUUGAGGAGGAACCCUCAUGCUCAAUUCUGGACCACUUACCAGGAGAGAAGUGCUGAUUGGUCCAUAGAGGCCUUGUUGCACAAGUGGGAUCUGAAGUGCAUUAAUGUUCCACUGGAAACUUUUGAGGCAAACAAAACCCAUCUGGCUGGAUCAACACUGCCUGGAAAUCACACUGUACAGAUGAUGAUCAUUACAAGCAACCGGAUUUAACGUGUGUGUAAAUACAUACACAUACAUGUUUCUUUAACGUUAUAUAUAAUGUAAAUACCUUUUUCCACAUCUUUUUAACUUCAUCUCAUUAGUAUAAAUAAUUAGUAUUUUUUUUAUAUUGCAGUAUUUCGCAUUAAAUAAUUUUUCUAUUUCUAA